AUGAGAGAGAAAGAGAUAGGCUUAAUGAUGAAGGGCGCUAAUGUUCACGAAAGAAUUGGCAAUGACGGAGAUAAUACUGACUCGCCAAUGGGUAUCGCUGCUUUUUCGGAUAACGUAAAAAUGUUGAAAUUGUUGAUCAAACAUGGCGCUGAUAUUAAUGCUGGAGACGACAAUGGUUUGACUCUUCUGAUGAAAGCAGCUGCUGAAGACGAUAAUUCAGAAAGUCGCAGGUUUUUGCUAAGUCAACCUUUUAUAGAAAUAGAUUCUCUGACUAAUGACAAGAGAUCUUGUCUUCAUUUUCCAGGAGUUUGGUUCUCGAUAGAGGACAUUGAUCCUGAGUCUAGUCUUCAAGAUCUUCUGAAUGCUGGAUGUGAUGUCAAUAUUGUGAGCAAUCAUGACGAAUUACCGAUUGAUACCUAUGGAGACAAAGAAAUGUGCCAUGAGGUUAUGAAGAAGCACAUUGUUAAGCUGAUGGCGGCUGGUUUUUACGUCUGCGAUAGGAAUAAAGAAGUUGUUUCAGGAAGUGAAUUAAGUAUCGCUUGGAAAAAGCUGGGCACUAAUGUUCACGGAAAAGAUUUCAAUGCUGAAGACUCGCCGAUGGGUAUGGCUGCUUCGGCAAAUAACGUAAAAAUGUUGAAAUUGCUGAUCAAACAUGGCGCUGAUAUUAAUGCUGGAGAUAUCGAUGAUUUGACUCCUCUGAUAAAAACGACUUAUAAUAACAAUAACUCAGCAAGUCGCAGCAUAGGGAAGAACGGUGAUCCUGAUUCUAGUCUUCAAGAUCUUCUGGAUGCAGGUUGUGAUGUCAAUAUUGUAAGCAAUGAUGGUGAAUUACCAAUUGAUAGCUAUGAAGACAGACAAAAGUGCCGUGAGGUUAUGAAGAAGCAUAUUGUUAAGCUGAUGGCGGCUGGCUUUUACGUCUGCGAUAGGAAUAAAGAAGUUGUUUCAGGAAGUGAAUUAACAGAAUUUAGAGUUGAAUGUGAUACAGAAGUUGAAGUCAUGAAGAAUACUCACGGAAUAAUGGCUGGAUUUUCCUUGUUUGAUAUACUGCACAAAUCUUAUCACAAACUGGCGCUGAGGAUCAAGGAUGGAGAUGAAGAUAAGUUUGACGACAAAAUGGUGGCCAAGUUUCCUCUGUACGCAGGAAUGAUUAAGUAUCGCUUGGAAAAAGCUGGUCAACGAAAAAAAUUUUUCAAUCAAGUUGAAAAUGUUCUCUAUGAAAUUUAUUUUAAAUAUCUUCCUGCUACUUUUAUUCAUGAAAUGUUUUUUUAUUUUAAUAACUUUGAAUUAAGUAAAUUGGUGGAAAUU